AUGACGAAGGUGGAUGGAGGCAUGUUUCUCAUUUCAAAGUCGGAAGAGGUUCGAACCAGAGAUGGGAUACAUUUCCAUGGGGGGGGGGGGAAUCAGAUUCUAAGGGAAGGAAAGAUUGCGUUUGUGACCUCAUUCUACGACUCUGAGUUUCCUGAUACAUAUUGUGCUAGGGAUUUGUUUCAACUCUUUGGGUGUGAGGGAACGGUGGCGGAGGUUUUUAUUUCUCCAAAGAGGAAUGGCAUUGGCAAACGAUUUGGGUUUGCUAGGUUUUCAGAGGUAGAAGACGGUAGAUUACUAGCGGUACGUCUCGAUAAUAUUUUGAUUUUAGGGAAGAAGAUUCAUGUGAAUCUCCCGAGAUUUGCAAGGGGAGUGGGUAAGGUUGGAGGGAAGUCGUUUAUCUCGACAAAGGGGCUUCAUGCUAGCAGUGGUGGUUUCGCGGAGAGGAAGAACGAGGGUAUGAAUUUCAAAAAGGAGAGUCGAAGGGAAAACCGUUCUUAUGCUGAUAUCGUGAUGGGUUCAGGGACAAAGGCAGCGAAGAUGCAAGGGUACAAGGCGUCUUUUUCUUACAACUCUUGUGAAGAACAAAAGAUGAGACUUCAGAAGGCUUUUGUGGGCAAGACGAUCUUACCAGGUGCAGCGUAUAAUGUUCAUGUUCACAUGGAGAUGGAAGGUAUAUUUGCUGUCAAGGUGUCUCCGCUUGGUGGUAAUCUGUGUCUGUUGGAAGAGUUAGAGAAAGGUUACAUCGAGGAUUUCCUGGGGUCGAAUGAUUGUUGGUGGAGCCUUUGGUUUAGCGAGGUCAAGAGAUGGGAUGCAGACUCGGUUGAUGAACACAGAGAUGCAUGGGUGAGGGUCUAUUGCAUUCCAGCUAUAGCAUGGCAAUCGGAAUUUUUCGUUUCUUUGGCGGAGUCCUAG